AUGGCCACAUCCACUGCUUUUAAUGCGACAAACCAUGGCCUCCAGAUUGGAAACAAUUCCGGUUCCAUCACAGCAGAAUUCCAUGUGGCGCGGGCGUACACCACCGAAGACAUCGAUCGAAUCUGUCUCCAUGCUCUGCGCUGCCCGGACUCCCUGGCUGUGAAGAAUCGCCUGAAAGAGAGCAAGGACAGGUUGGUUCACCAGUCCAUCCAGUGGAUUCUUGAAGAUCCGCAGUACAAAGGUUGGGAAAAUGGGGACGACGUCGGCCUGCUUUGGAUCAAGGGAGGCGCUGGGAAAGGGAAGACCAUGUUGUCAAUCGGUCUGAUCGAGCAGCUCGCUCGGGCGCAGGAUGAAUCCACAGUGGUUAUUUAUUCUUUCUGCCAGAAUGCCGACUACGAGCUCAAUACACUGGAAGCCAUUCUCAAGGGGUUGAUUCUGCAGCUGGCGAAUCAGCAAACGGAGCUGAAAGAAUCGCUCCGUCGCCGGUGGGACACCAUACAGGAGUCUUUCAGCGAGGAUGUAACCUCGUGGCAAUCGUUAUGGAACGUUCUUUUCGAGAUGUUGGCCCGCUGCAAGUACUCUAGGGUAUAUAUGGUUGUUGACGCGCUUGAUGAAUGUCAGGAUGACGACGUGGUUGACUUUCUCAAAUCCAUCGUGCGAAAGGGACUGGAUCAUCCCGGUAAGGUCAAGUGGAUGUUGACAAGCCGACCAUGGGACGGCGCAGAGCGGGUAUUAUUAGCUGGUCAGGACCAGGUGCAAAUUAAUCUGGAUGGUGAACACAAUUCCCAAUCUGUUUCUGGGGCUGUGGAGGCUUAUAUCACUUCUAAAGUGGAGGAGCUUAGCCGCCAGCACAAAUAUGGAGCGACCCUGAAGAGCGAAAUAGAGACUGAGCUUACUGAAAGAUCGGAAGGUACCUUCCUAUGGGUAAGCCUGGUAUGCAAGGCGCUCGAGAGUGUCUGCCGAGAUGACGCUCUGUCCACAGUUCAAAGCUUGCCGCCGGGUUUGCAUCCGUUUUAUGAUCGGGUAUUGAACCAGCUCAACGAAGGCGAACUGGCUGAAGUACAGAAGUGUAUGCGACUGCUCAAGGCCAUGAUGACGGUAUACCGGCCUUUGAAAGUGGAGGAAGUCGCUAGUGUGAUCGGCCUAACCCAUGAAGAGGACACCAUUAGAGCAUUGGUCGAUUGCUGUGCUUCAUUCAUCCGGUUGCGCGAAGACAACAUCGAGUUUGUUCAUCAGUCAGCGCGAGACUACUUGGCCGGAGAGAAUGGGCUGUCUAUACUCGACUCUCAUGGACGCUUCGGACAUGAAGAAAUUGCCCUCGCUUGUCUGUCCUAUUUAUCUGAAUAUCUCAAGCCCAACCUUGUCGACCUGCCACGGCCCGAUGCCACGAGAGACUCUUUAGAAGCUUUGGAAAAUGGACCGAAGAAUGGCAUACUGGCUCGCGUGGAAUAUGCAGCUAUGUUCUGGGUGUCACAUCUAAAGAACACAAGCAACGACAGCGACAAGAGCCAAGUUAGCGUAUUUCUACACACAAAGUUGUUGGAAUGGCUAGAAUGCCUAAGUCUGUUGGACAGGCUACCAAAGGCCAUUGACGCGUUGAGAGCACUGGAAGAAAUAUUGAAAGAUGACUGUCAAGCUUUAGCAUUCGUGCAGGAUGCUAUGCGUUUUUUAUUGCGACAUUACCACACUUUAUCGCACUGGCCACUACAAAUCUACAGCUCUGGCAUCAUUUUCAGUCCUGAAUCAAGUGUUGUAAAAGGAGAAAACCUUCACAAAAUUCCUGUAUGGCUGGGAAGAGCUCCUCCCAUGGAGGACAGUUGGACGCCUAUGAUACAGGCACUAGCAGGCCACUUGGAAACUGUCAGUAUUAUUACCUUUUCACCUGACGGCAAACAGAUAGCAUCAGGCUCUGAGGAUGGCAUAAUUAAGCUCUGGGAUACUGUUACAGGUAGCCUCCAGCAAACGCUAUCUGGUCACUCAAAGCAGACCACAGCUAUGGCUUUCCUACCAGAUAGCAAGCUGAUUAUGUCAGGCGCUUAUGAUGGCUCUGUCAUGCUAUGGGAUACCACCACAGGCGACCGUCAGGACUGCUUCCGCUUGCAGUCACCAGAAGAGCGCGAUCCUGGGCCCCCUAGCCCCAACGCCCUGGCUUUCUCGGCGGAUUGCAGGCAAAUCGCAGCAACCGGUGUUUAUCAUGAUAAUGGAUUUAUCAUGCUUUUUGACGCGGCUACUGGAGACCUCCAGAAGAUACUUACAGACUAUUCAGACACACCCUUAGCUCUGGCCUUCUCACCAGACGACAUGCAGCUUGUAUCAAGCUCUUAUGACGGCACAGUCAGGCUCUGGGAUACUACCACAGGUGACCUUCAGAAAACACUAGUCGGCCACACAGGCAGGGUUUGGACUGUGGCCUUUUCACCAGAUGGCAAGCAGAUUGUAUCAGCCUGUUAUAACAUUAUCAAUCUUUGGAAUGCUGCAACAGGUGAUCUCCAAAAGACACUGGCAUACCCUUACGCCCGGAGGGUGGCCUUCUCACCCGACAGUAAACAGAUCGCAGCAUGCUUUACUAAUUGCAUGAUCUUCUGGGAUGCUGCAGGCAAUAUUCAAAAGACGCUAGCAUGCCAGUCAGACACAGUUAUGUCCAUGGCCUUCUCACCAAACGGCAAGCAGAUCGUUACAGGCUCUACUGAUACCACUAUCAGGCGUUGGGAUAUUACCAUAGGUGCCACCCAGAAUGUCGUAGGCCACUCAGGGAGGGUUGUAACAGUGGCAAUCUCACCAGACGGCAAGGUGAUUGCAUCAGGCUCCACUGACAACACUAUUAAGCUUUGGGAUGCCGCAACGGGCGAUCUCCAGAAAACACUAGCUGGCCAUCAAAACACAGUCUUUGCUGUGGUCUUUUCACCAGACAACAGGCAGAUCGCCUCGUGCUCUGACGAAGCAGUCAACCUCUGGGAUGCUGCCACAGGUGACCUGCAGAACUCACUUGAGAGCGACGACAAUUUCAGCACUGUCGCCUUCUCACCCGACAGCAAGCUGAUUGCGACAGGCCAUGAGCAUGGCAAAAUUAGUCUCUGGGAUCCUGCCACAGGUGACCUCAAGAAGACACUGGCAGGCCACAUAAACAAAUUUGCGUCCCUGACGGGGUUGGACGACGUGUUCGAAACCCAAGUCACCACUUUGACCUUCUCACCUGAUGGCAAGCUAAUUGCAUCAGCCUCCGAAGAUAAAACAAUUAAGCUUUGGGAUGCUGAAACGGGAGACCUCCAGAAGACACUAGAAUGCAAUUUCGAGAGCAUCAUUACGGCGGUCUCGGUGGCCCUUACGACAGGGGGCCAUGCAGACACAACAAUCAUCACAGUGGCCUUUUCAUCAGACAGCCAGCAGAUCGCAGCAGUCUGUGAUGAUCAGACCAUCAAGGUCUGGAACAUCAAAAAAUCGCUCAAAGCCUCGAAAUUUCUGGGGCGCGCUGUCAGUAGUCAUAUCAAGUCGUCCCGGCCAUGGAAGGAGAUUAAGACGUCAGAGCAGGUGUAUGGCGUAGAAUUCGCAGCAGGCAACCGAUACCUUGAAACAGUCAUUGGACCAAUAUCACUUGAGAGCACUGCGUCGGAGGAAGGGGAGGAGGAACUGUCAGUGAGGUCGGAUUCGGAUUUAUUACAGAACCUCUAUGUCAGAGUAGAGUGGAUAUACUAUGGAACCAUGCCCUUCCUUCGGCUAUUGCCUGAUUUCCAGGUUUGUUGUUUUGAUGCGCACGGCGAUCAAGUGGUUGUUGGAUUCAGCAACGGUCUAGUUUCAAGCUUCGACAUUGAUCGACGGAGUUUACAUCAAUACUGGAAACACUUCAGCUAUGACGGUAAUCGCCCAACAGCGGGUUAG